UAUUGCACUUUUUUUAAUAGGAAAAAGCAGACGGCAUGAAUGUUAUCAGCGAAAGCGAUCCUAACGGAUCAAGCAGUGAAGACAAAGCUUCUAAUACUAACUCUAAGGGGGGCACCUCAAAUGGAAACGCUGAUGCAAGCCACAGUGAUAGCGGUGACAGUCAUCUAUCUCCGCCAAGCAAGCUAAAGAAAUGCUCCAAAUUUAGUUCUCAAUUCAAUAUUGCAAAGAUGGUCAAAUUGAUUGGAAGAUUGACUGGUCCUAAAAAAAGAUACAGUUACAAGCUGUGGGUUUGGUUCAAUCCUCUCCCUCAAAUGUACAUCAAUCCCAAAUGCACUGGUCUUAUGGAUUGCCAAGCAUUAUGAUCCAAAGAGUAGACAGUUCAAGAGUUUUGGCAGCUCAUCUUUUAAGAUUGAUGCAGUUACUGUCCAUCAGAUCCUUGGUAUUCCAUUUGGAGGAAAGAAAGUCCCAAACAAAUCAUCUAGUUGUGCAAAGUCUGGCAUUCUGAAAGAUACAAAUCAGCAAAACCAAGCUGCCAAAAUUGAUGACCUGAUAGCUAUGAUCACCCCUCAGCUGAAUGGUGACAAGUUUGUUAGGAUUUUCUUGCUCGUAACUCUUGGCAUCUUUUUGUGUCCAAAAAGUAGCGCCACAGUUAGUCAUCAGUCCUAUGAGAGCAUAUAUUUUGUUAAAGGAAUUAGAGAUUAUGAUUGGUGCA